UACACACAGAUCGCGGAUAACAAGCAGGUCAGCGGAAGACAGCAGACGUGACACCACUCUGCUGUAGCGCGUGCAACACCGACUAUGAGCUCCAAGAAAAAGGCGCUGAGAGCGGAGGAUACUUUACCCAAUGCAGUUGCUAAACUGGCCCGAACCAGCGAUGGUGGCAUCUGCACUGGUCUAGCACAGGUUGGUGUGGAUUCCAUACGAGCUAUCGUGGAGUUCGGGGGCGGAGUGGAGUCGUUCUUGUUCCUGGCUCCCGUGUGCAAGGGCUGGCUGGAUGCUUACGCGUACGGAGCGAAGAAGGAGGCCAAGUACACGAGCACGUACACGAGCACCCUCGCCAUCGUCAUGUCCUCCACCCGCCUGGCGUGGGCUGUAUCCGCCGGGUGGAAGGGCGACGAAAACGCAUGCAAGCUCGCCGCAGCCACGGGCAAGUUGGACGUGUUCGAAGGAUGCCGCAAGCUCGGGUGCAGGGGGGGAUCUGGGGUGCUUUCGGCCGCCGUGCGAGGCAAGAACACGGAGAUCGUCCAAGCAGUCCUUGAUGACCCUGACUGCCCUGUCGGAAAGGACGCGUUGGAGCUAGCGAUCAUGUCGGGUAGCGUUGAGACGACGCAACUGGUGGGGUGCAAGUACGAAUUCCCGAAAGAUGACUGGAAGCGUCAGGCUGUAGUUGAUGGAUUGUUCAAGGCGGCAUCGGAGGGCUCCCUGGCUAUGGUUCAGUGUCUCUGGGAGUGGGUUCCUGGUCAUGGAGACGCAAAGAUAUUGCGAGACGCGAUAGAAAAGUCCGCCAAGAACGACCACUUCGCCGUGGCGGAAAGGUUAGUGAAAACCUAUUUGGACCGGUUUGACAAUGACGAAGAUACCAAUGAGGUGAUCUUGACGCAUUUCCCUUCCUCUCAUCCACUGGCGAAGAAGAUAGUGGACGACGAGGCGGAGUACCGGGCGUCGCUGGGAUUAGACGAGGAUAUGGACUACGAUCUUUAUUAUUAGACUGAAUAGCCCGGGGGUAGCCCCGGCCUCUGUCUGAAGCCCUGUGUAAUUUUUUCCCAAGAGGCGUGUAUCUGUGUGGCGUGUGAUGCGAGUCGAUCGACGUUCUGAAGGUGAAAUUGGUUGAGAUUGGAUAAGAUCGUCCAUAAAAUGAAAAACGAAGACAAUAUUGUACUGGGAAAGGAAAGGAAACAUCUCUACUGCUGUAGUAGUAGGGUUAGUAGGUUCGAACCCCUGACCAGGAUACGCACCCGACGGUCGCACAUGGUAUUUUCCCGCAAUCUUGUUGGAAGCGAUUUGGGUGGACGGCAAUUAAUUCCAAUUCACCGCGGGAAAAUAUCAGAGCAGGAAUUAUAAAUUAGGAAUGACCGAGGACAGUCGUGAUGAAAAUGAUGUGGUACGUGCGUGUGCUGCGGUCUGAGAGAGGGAGACUAGACUAUUCUGACAGGUAGAAACGUGCGGCUAGCCCUUGGCCGUGCUAGAAAAAACGAACGAAGCGGCAUACAAGAAAUAGGGAAAAGCC